AGUUUUCGCGCGAAACCGUAGAACAUCCUCUUCCUUUUGGUGCUGUGGAUGCCUAGAGGAAAUCCUUGCACAUUACUUGCAUUUCUUUAACUUUUUAUUUAGAUUUUAAGACUAUUUCACCAUGGAUGUCGCACCGCCCGCUGUAGUUAACACCGGAGAUAUCGUGAAAGACGAGUUGGCAGAAAAAUGCCAGAAGUUAUUUCAAGCUUUCUUGGAAGAGUUCCAGACGGCAGACGGGGAGGUGAAGUAUGUGAGGGAGGCGGAGGAGUUGAUCCGGCCUGAGAGGAAUACUCUUCUGGUGAGCUUCGCUGAUCUGGAGGGCUUCAACCAGGAACUGGCCACCACCAUCCAGGAGGAGUACUACAGAGUGUAUCCGUUCCUGUGUUGCGCCGUGCGUAACUUUGCUAGAGAUCACGGAGAAGUGCCGCUCUGCAAAGAGUUCUACGUGGCCAUCCAAGACCUACCCACCAGACACAAGAUACGGGAGCUGUCCUCCAUGCGCAUCGGCACGCUGGUGAAGAUCAGUGGUCAGGUGGUGCGCACCCACCCCGUGCAUCCCGAGCUGGUGAGCGGCACCUUUCUGUGCCUGGACUGCCAGGGCUUGAUCAAGGACGUCCCACAGCAGUUCAAAUACGCCCUGCCCACCAUCUGCCGGAACCCCGUGUGCAACAACCGCGCCCGCUUCCACCUGGACACGCACAAGUCCAAGUUCAUCGACUUCCAGAAGGUGCGUAUCCAGGAGACCCAGGCGGAGCUUCCCCGCGGCUCCAUCCCCCGCUCCAUGGAGGUGAUCCUGAGGGCGGAGGCGGUGGAGACGGCGCAGGCCGGCGACCGCUGCGACUUCACCGGCACCCUCAUCGUGGUUCCCGACGUGUCCCAGCUCAGCACCCCCGGCCUACGUACGGAGACCAGUUCCCGCGUGGGCGGGGGCCAGGGCUAUGAGACGGAGGGCAUGAGGGGCCUCAAGGCUCUGGGGGUCCGAGAGCUGUCCUACAGACUGGCGUUCCUGGCCUGCUAUGUAGCCCCCACCAACCCACGGUUUGGCGGGAAGGAGCUCCGCGAGGAGGAGCAGACCGCAGAGAGCAUCAAGAGCCAGAUGUCGGUGAAGGAGUGGGAGAAGGUGUUUGAGAUGAGCCAGGACAAGAACCUCUACCACAACCUCUGCACCAGCCUCUUCCCCACCAUCCAUGGCAACGACGAGGUGAAGCGCGGCGUGCUGCUCAUGCUGUUUGGAGGCGUUGGCAAGACGACCAUGGAGGGCACCUCGCUGAGAGGAGACAUCAACGUGUGCAUCGUGGGAGACCCCAGCACGGCCAAGAGCCAGUUCCUCAAGCACGUGGAGGAGUUCAGCCCCCGGGCGGUGUACACCAGUGGUAAGGCCAGCACGGCCGCCGGUCUCACGGCAGCCGUCGUCCGCGACGAGGAGUCCCACGAGUUCGUCAUCGAGGCUGGGGCUCUCAUGCUCGCCGACAACGGUGUGUGUUGCAUCGAUGAGUUUGACAAGAUGGAGACGAGAGAUCAGGUGGCCAUCCAUGAAGCCAUGGAGCAGCAGACCAUCAGCAUAACCAAGGCUGGAGUCAAGGCCACCCUGAACGCCAGGACGUCCAUCUUGGCGGCGGCCAACCCGGUGGGGGGGCGCUACGACCGCAGCAAGAGCCUGAAGCAGAACGUCAACAUGAGCGCCCCCAUCAUGAGCCGCUUCGACCUCUUCUUCAUCCUGGUGGACGACUGCAACGAGGUGACGGACUACGCCAUCGCCAGGCGCAUCGUGGACCUGCACUCCCGCGUGGAGGACUCCGUGGACCGGCUCUACUCGCUGGACGAGAUCCGCAGAUACCUGCUCUUUGCUCGGCAGUUCAAACCCAAGAUCUCCAGCGAAUCAGAGGAGUUCAUCGUGGAGCAGUACAAGCACCUGCGCCAGCGGGACUCCUCGGGGGGCGUGUCCAAGUCGGCCUGGAGGAUCACGGUGCGCCAGCUGGAGAGCAUGAUCCGCCUCUCGGAGGGCAUGGCCCGCAUGCACUGCUGCGACGAGGUGCAACCGAAGCACGUGAAGGAGGCGUUCCGCCUGCUCAACAAGUCCAUCAUUCGCGUGGAGACCCCGGACAUCAACCUGGAGCAGGACGAGCCAAUGGAGGAGGAGGAGCAGGAGCAGCCGCCGCAGGAGAAUGGCCAUGACGUUCCCAACGGCGUCAACGGGACCGACGGAACCAACGGCCACGGCAACGCCAACGGAACUAACGGCCACGGCAACGGCGUGAGCGGCCCCGGCGAGCCGGGCAGCCAGGCCCUCCCGGCCCUCCGCCUGUCCUUCACCGAGUACAGACGCAUCUCCAACCUGCUGGUGCUGCACCUGCGCCGCGCCGAGGAGGCUGAGGAAGAGGAGGAGCUGAAGAAGAGUGCGGUGGUGAACUGGUAUCUGAGUGAGAUUGAGUCUGAGAUUGACUCGGAGGAGGAGCUGAUCAACAGGAAGAGCCUGAUAGAGAAGGUCCUCAACAGGCUGGUGCACUAUGAUCACAUCCUCAUUGAGCUGUCUCAGGGGGGUCUAAAGGGGGCGGAGUCUGCGGGGGAGGAACAGGAAGUGAUCCUGGUGGUCAACCCAAACUAUAACUUGGACGACUAGAGUCUAGGACACACACACACACACACACACACACACACACACACACACACACACACACACACACCCUUAAUAACUCCUUUUUGUGAGUUGUUUUCUUAUUAGGCCGCUUAUAUGUAGCUCAUACAUAAGAAAAGCGAUCCAAAUCUUUUUAUUUUAAAUGUUUGAUGUUCGUUCUUUAAAAGGGUCUCAAACUAUUAGACAGAAUUUGACGUUCUUUUAAAGAGUACUUUUGUUUUAGUCAAACUGACUUCUGUAAAUAGGCUGCUAUAAAAUGUCUGUUUGCUUGUGUUUAGCACACAUGUCGUUUUUGAGAACUAUGAAUUCCUUAACUACAUGAUUUGUGGUUUAUUCUCUCUAUAGAACUCUUAAUUUGUACAGAAAGUAUGUCCACAUGAUGAAUAUGUUGAUUCUGUAAGCAUCAUUUAGCUCAACCCAAUGUUCAGGGUGCUUACAUGUUUUCCUUUACUAAAGCCAAUUUCUGUAUUUGUCGAUUUGAGGUUUGAUCCAUCGGGGGAAUAAAGUUGCAUUUUGGCUCAUG